CUAAUAUUUGGGUAAUAUGUCAGAUUUUUAGGUCUAAUGGCAAUGAAAAUAUAUGCAAGAAAAAGUUAACCUGGUGUCUUGUUUACAGUGACAAAAGUAAUAUAACUCUACUAUAUUUACAAGAUUACAUCCUCCCUACAUUACUUUACAGAAGAUCCAGUCUUUUAACCAUCUUUGGGGUUCACAAAAAAUGGUCCAAAAAUGAAGAAAUCUUAUUUGUGGCAUUUGUGUGCUGAAAAAUGCCUUGGUGACAUCAGAGGUGACUGUACAGACUGGACUGAGAUUUUAGUAAAAGCAACAGAGAUUAAAAUAAUCAAUUGUUAAAAGAUAGUCAAAGUGUGAAAAACACCAUAUGAAACACCAAGAUUUUAAAUUGUGAAGGAGCCCAGGCUACAGCAGCAGAAGACCAAUCUUGUGAGCUAACAAGAAACCGAGGCUUAAGCAAUUGCCAGACUGUUACAGAUCGAAAGAAGAUCUUAAAUCUUGAUUUAACAGUGAAAUUCAGGUGGUGGGGUCAGAGUUUGGUGUGAACUACCUGUGUCUUUGAUGUUAAUUGAAAUAUACAUUGUUCUUUCUAUUCUUGUUGUACUUUAUUCUAGUAGUAUUAUUUUAACCACAUCUACAAUAUCUUUGCCUCCUUUAUUUAGUCUUCCUUGCAGAUAGAUAUUGUUGCUAUUCCUAUCCUCCCCUUACUUAUUUGAACUAAUCACCUCCGUAUCACUCCAUCCCUGCUUCACCCACUUGUGUUGGCCUAUAAGGAGUUUUUUCUCCAUCCGAUCAGUGCUGGUAUCUUUUCUGCUGAGCGCUGCAGUCCCUGUUAGGUGUGGUUUGAUGAGUUCGUGAGUGUCCUCCCUCCCUCUCUGCUGCUGCUGUAGAGCUUACGUAACACACAGCAACGUGUACAAACAGCAAAGAGUGAGAAACACAGGGGGGAUGUGGAAAAAAAGGAGAAAGAAAGAAGGAUGGAAAAAAGAUGAGAUUGAUUAGGCAAUAACCUGAUUGAGAAUGGUGACAGAUUAGGAGGAGAGAACAUGUGUUUAUGUAUAUUAGAUGGUGCAAAUUGCAGCAGGAUGCCAGUGAUGUUAAUGCAUGCAUGACUGACUCAGUGACAAUGGAAUUAUGCUUUCUUCAGAGGGUAAAGUUUAAACUUCAUUGAGAUGCAUGUUGUACUUGAAUUGCAUGCGGAAGAAGAGGUAAUAAAUGUAACUAAACAAGAUUAAAACACACUUAUGAGCAGUUUUUGCAUAAUUUAGAUAUAUGAAAACGGUUCAGCUGAGUCUUUGGUUUCCUUGGUGUUUAUCACCACCUGAAAGUUAUUAAUCAAGCAGAUAAUUUAUUAGGAAAUGCAAAAUCUCUUUGUUGAUGUCUCAUGCAGUGCUGCUCCACCCUUAGGUGGAAUUGUUUGGGAAGACUCUGCAAUACGGCAGGGUGGGGCCUCAGAGGAUCACCAAAAAGGAACAGAGAACCACUGAGCACCAUUUACUCAUCACUCUUUUCCCUGACCUGUUCAGGCGCUGUGACUUACAAUAGGAUGUCGAUCGUCAGCAUUGUUGCCAGGGAGAUCCUGGACUCCAGGGGAAACCCCACUGUGGAAGUGGAUCUUCGCACAGAAAGAGGUCUAUUUAGGGCUGCAGUGCCCAGUGGGGCUUCCACAGGGAUCUACGAGGCUCUGGAGCUCCGAGAUGGCGAUAAAAGCCGUUUUAAGGGAAAAGGUGUUUUGAAGGCAGUUGGGCACAUUAAUGAUUCUCUGGCGCCAGCCCUCAUAGCCUCUGGCAUCAGUGUGGUGGAGCAGGAGCAGUUGGACAACACGAUGAUUGAAAUGGAUGGCACAGAAAACAAAUCUAAGUUUGGGGCCAAUGCCAUUUUGGGAGUAUCCCUCGCCAUCUGUAAAGCCGGUGCAGCAGAGAAGGACGUCCCUUUGUACCGCCACAUAGCUGACUUAGCUGGAAACACCGAACUUGUGCUGCCGGUUCCUGCCUUUAAUGUGAUAAAUGGAGGAUCUCAUGCAGGAAACAAACUUGCCAUGCAGGAGUUCAUGGUUCUGCCUGUUGGGGCCGAGUCUUUCAAAGAGGCCCUGAGGAUAGGAUCCGAGCUCUACCACACGCUGAAGGGCGUGAUUCAUGAGAAAUAUGGUCAAGAUGCUAUUAAUGUUGGAGAUGAAGGAGGAUUUGCUCCAAACAUCUUGGAGAACAGUGAAGCCCUGGACUUACUGCAGACUGCCAUUGAGAAAGCAGGCUUCACCGAAAAGGUUGUAGUCGGGAUGGAUGUGGCCGCCUCCGAGUUUUACCGUGAGGGGAAGUACGAUCUGGACUUCAAAUCCCCUCCGGAUUCAUCCCGACACAUCAGCGGAGAAGAGCUGGCUGACAUCUACCAAAGCUUUGUCAAUAAUUACCCAGUGGUCUCCAUCGAGGAUCCAUUUGACCAGGACGACUGGGAGGCCUGGUCCCGUCUGACGGCCCAGGUGGGGAUUCAGGUUGUUGGAGACGACUUGACAGUGACCAACCCAAAAAGGAUAGAGAAAGCUGCAGAGGAGCGAGCCUGCAACUGCCUGCUGCUCAAAGUCAACCAGAUUGGCUCGGUCACUGAAGCUAUACAGGCAUGCAAGCUGGCUCAGGCCAAUGGCUGGGGAGUGAUGGUCAGCCAUCGCUCAGGGGAGACAGAGGACACCUUUAUUGCCGACCUGGUGGUGGGACUCUGUACUGGACAGAUUAAGACUGGCGCCCCCUGCAGAUCUGAGCGACUUGCUAAAUACAACCAGCUCAUGAGGAUCGAGGAGGAGCUGGGCGACCAGGCUCGCUUCGCCGGCCAUAACUUCAGGAACCCAAGCGUCCUGUGAAACCAGCUGACAGACGAGAAUGACUCACACACUCAACGCACGCAAAAUGCCCACGCAAACUGACACAAACGACUAACAAGGAAUGAGCCAUGUACAAAGAACGAUCACUCAAAUUCAGGAAAAAUACAAUCGCAAAAGAGCUAAGCAAAAGAAAUGAAUCAAUUAUGCACUAGACUUAAAAGAAUGGAGGUGAUGCUGUAUGCAGACACACAUACACACACGCACACAGUUGCAACACCUGAAAAUGCACAUGCAGGGGAACACUCUAAAAAAAACAAACUAGAAUCUAUAAGCCAGACAUGCACUGUUAUUGUAGGAAUAGUUCAUGUACACCCAGGAGGCAGGCCUGCAAUGAUAACGAUUAUUGUUGUAAAAAAACAGAGGUAAGUAGAAAUUCUGUAGAAUAAUAUAGUCUGAAGCACGCAACUGAAAGAGAUGAAAAAGUCAAACUUUUAAGACCAAACGAGGAUGAUGCAGAUGUAGGAACUGAGUGAAAGCAACAAUAAAACAAUAAAGAGCACUCUAACACCAAAACACACACACACACACACAACCCUUCAGCUGUGUCUCUCUCUCACCUGGACACUCAAGAACCUGCACUCUUCCUAGCUCUAUCCUCCUCCCUUUCUCUCUCUAUAUAUUUUACUCUCCUUCUUCUCGUUGUGUCUGUGUCUCAGUUUUAACUGUUCUGGUUUUCUUCUCAACCUUGUGUGAAUCUGAUUAUUUGUCCUUCAUGCUUGAAGUCCUGCUUCUGUCCUGAAAGAAAAUAAGAAAAUCCUUAAAACUCAAGAACCUUUGACCCUUUUGGUUCCCCCGUCCCUUGUUUGUCCAUAGAAUAGCUGUGUCAACAAAAGAUGAAAGAGCAAUGAAAAUAAAAAUAUGAAAACAAUAAAGGAACACUUGUCAAUUAAAAUAAUGUGAAAAUAUGUGAAAUAAAGAUUAUGUUCUAACAUUUCAA